AUGUCUGCCAGUUUACUGUUGUUACCAGUUUUUAUUAUACGUUUCGUUAUCUGUUUGCCAACACCAAAUUGCAUCGGAAGUUCCUGCAUUAGCAGCAGCGUAUCGUGCAUAGAUGGUUCAUGCAACAACAAUGCAUCCGCAACACCUACUAAUUUACCAUCGUCCGUUUGUGCUGAUGGAAACUGUGACGGAAAUAUUGUUUCGCUGCCGGCAUCUUAUCCAUGUUUUGGACCUAACUGUAAAAAAGCAUACUAUAACAAUUAUCAAUCGGUACAGCAGAGUUCACCAUGCUCUGGAGUCAACUGUUUAUCGUUAUAUCCAGCUCUCAGUCCUUGUAUUGGAUCCGACUGUGCCUUAUCAGCAUAUGGUACUCAGUUGAAUCCAUGUGUCGGUCUUGGUUGUUUGCUGCUAUCUGGUAGCCAAACAUCAACACCAUGUAUUGGCAGUCAUUGUGGUUAUUCUUCAAGUCAGUCUACUAUACAAUUUAUUCCAUGUAUAGAUGGUAACUGUGCAACAGCACUGUGUAGCGAUCCAUCCUGCCUAACUCUUCUACAACCAAUUUAUAUUGCUAGCACAAAUCCUUAUUACUACAACAAUCAUGCAACUCUUUAUGGUCCUUGUUAUGGCAGUAACUGUGCUACUCGUAGUCCAUCUCCACCGUAUCCACCAAGUUCUCUCGCAGAUCCAGCAAGGAGUAUUUCUAACUCAUGUAUUCCAGGUACACCUGGUUGUACUUCUACAGGUUAUACAUCAAAAACACCGCUGUUUACCUAUCUUCAAGGAACACUUUCAAAUCAACAAAAAUGA